AACUGUGAAGCCAAGCCUUCUUCAUUCUCUCAAUAAUCUCAAAAAAAAAGGAAACAAAAAUAAUCUGACUCAGAAUACACACCCCCUUCUCUCUCUUUCUUUCUCUGUUCUGCUGCUUCAAACUUCAAAGACCGAAAAAAGGAACACUCCCAAGAAAAAUAGUGGCGGUUCUGUCUUCAUUCACCCAAGAAGCUGCACACUGAAAACACCAUUUUUCCAUUUGGAGCAACAACGCCACCACCUCUAACUGCUGCUCAUUUUUUCUACACUGGAAAAGAAAAAGAACAAAUAAGAACCGACCCGAGCUUCUUUUUUUUCAAAGAAGGAGACGCGAGCACACUGUUAUCUUGUCUCCUCCAUGAGAAAAAAAAGGAACCAAGUGCCUACCUUUGUAGCAGUAGCCGUUUUUCAGUUACAAGGUUGUUUUAGUUUCUCAAGUCCAUUUGCUCCUUUUUCUUCUGAGUUUGGUUCUUGCUGAGAUCCGGUGCCUUCUUGGAUUCGUUCUCUCUUGUAGCUGAGAUCUGUUUGGUUUCGGAGUUCCUGAGGUUGUUUGGUUUUUGAGCUUGUUGCCGAAUUUGGAGCCGUGGAAGAUACUAGUGGUGCUGGUUAGUUGCUUUUGGAGCUGGAAAAAUACGUUUGUAUGAUGAAGUGUUUGGUUCAAGAUUGGAACUUUGGGUGGUGGGGAUUGAGUAGGAUUGGAAGGGAAUGAAGAGUGAAAGUAAAAAAGUUAUCUUUUGCAGUGAAACUGGUUUUGGUUGAAGGGUUGGAAGUGUGGGAAUCUUUUGGGUCUACUUAGCAUUUCUCGUUAAUGGCUGAGGCAAUUCAUUGUCUGGUUGUUCAGUUUUUGUUCAGAUUUGGAAUGAGUUUUGGUUGGUGAAAGGGGAGAUUAAGGUAAGAAGAAUGAGAUUUUGCAGCGGGAAGGGAGAGAAGAAAAGGAUUUUUCUGUGGUCUGAGGUUCUUCUUGUGAGGAUUUUGCUCCUACUUAAUUGGUCUACUUAAAGAGCUUUUGUUUUUAGUUUAUCGACUGUGAGGGAUUGGCUUGGUUUUUUCUAGUUUUGAAAUUUUGCUGAAAAUGAAGCUUUCUUCAGCUGAUUUUUGUCCUCCACCCCAGGAAGGAGAAAAGCGCGUUUUGGAUUCAGAACUUUGGCAUGCAUGUGCUGGUCCCCUUGUUUCUUUACCAAUUGUUGGAAGCCGAGUUGUGUACUUUCCACAAGGUCACAGUGAACAGGUUGCUGUAUCAACCAACAGGGAAGUGGAUGCCCAAAUUCCUAACUAUCCAAGCUUGCCUCCCCAACUCAUCUGUCAACUUCAUAAUGUGACUAUGCAUGCUGAUAUUGAGACAGAUGAAGUAUAUGCACAAAUGACCUUGCAACCUCUGAAUCCUCAAGAGCAAAAGGAGGCAUACCUUCCAGCAGAGUUGGGCACUCCAAGUAAACAGCCUACAAACUACUUUUGCAAAACUUUGACAGCCAGUGACACAAGCACGCAUGGAGGGUUCUCUGUUCCUCGCCGUGCAGCUGAAAAAGUGUUUCCUCCUUUGGACUUCACCCAACAGCCUCCUGCUCAAGAGUUAAUUGCAAGGGAUUUGCAUGGUAAUGAAUGGAAAUUCAGACAUAUCUUUCGUGGCCAACCCAAAAGGCAUCUAUUGACAACGGGAUGGAGCGUCUUUGUGAGUGCUAAAAGACUUGUUGCUGGUGAUGCUGUGCUGUUUAUCUGGAAUGAAAAGAAUCAAUUGCUUCUUGGCAUUCGCCGUGCUAAUCGGCCACAACCUGUGAUGCCUUCCUCAGUUUUGUCUAGUGAUAGCAUGCACUUGGGGCUUCUUGCUGCUGCAGCUCAUGCAGCUGCAACCAAUAGUCGAUUCACCAUUUUCUAUAACCCACGUGCUUGCCCAUCAGACUUUGUCAUACCCUUGGCAAAGUAUGUUAAAGCUGUGUAUCAUACUCGAGUCUCAGUUGGCAUGCGCUUCAGAAUGCUGUUUGAAACAGAGGAAUCUAGUGUGCGGCGAUACAUGGGCACCAUAACUGGUAUUAGUGACUUGGAUCCUGUUCGAUGGCAAAAUUCACAUUGGUGUUCGGUCAAGGUUGGCUGGGAUGAGUCCACUGCUGGAGAGAAGCAACCUCGAGUGUCUCUAUGGGAAAUUGAGCCCUUAACAACAUUUCCUAUGUAUCCAUCUCCGUUUCCUCUUAGGCUUAAAAGACCAUGGCCUUCAGGACUUCCUUCUUUCUAUGGCAUGAAGGAGGAUGAUUUCGGCAUAAAUUCUUCACUAAUGUGGCUUAGAGAUACUGAUAGAGGGCUCCAGUCUCUUAACUUUCAGGGUACCGGUGUUAGUCCUUGGAUGCAGCCAAGGCUUGAUCCCUCCAUGUUGAAUUUGCAAACAGAUCUGUACCAAGCUAUGGCUGCUGCUGCGCUUCAGGAUAUGAGGACUUUAGACCCUACCAAACAGCAUCCCACUUCCUUAAUUCAGUUUCAGCAACCCCAGAACUUCCCUAACCGGACGGGUGCUUUAAUGCAGACACCAAUGAUGCAGCCCUCUCAACAUCAGCAGGCCUUCCCAAAUAAUCAAGAAAUUCAGCAUCCAUCACAAUCUCAGGUUCAGAUUCAAAAUCAUCUUCAGCAGCAUCUACAGAAUCAGCACUUAUUCAACAAUCAGAGUCAUCAGCAGCAGCAACUACAUCAACAACAGCAGCAGCAGCAGCAACAACAACAAAUGGUAGAUCAUCAGCAGAUUCCAAAUGUGGUCUCUACAAUGUCUCAGUUCGUUUCGACUCCGCAGUCUCAGUCGUUACCCAUGCAGGCUAUCUCUUCACUGUGCCAUCAGCAAAGUUUUACUGAUUCAAAUGGUACUGCUGCUGUUUCUCCGCUACACAGUAUCUUGGGGUCAUUUCCCCAGGAUGAAACAUCCCACCUUGUCAACCUUGCUAGAACUUCCUCUUGGGUUCCUGUUCAAUCAUCAUCUGCAUGGCCCUCAAAGCGUGUUGCAGUGGAUCCUCUUGUUUCUUCUGAAGCUUCUCAAUGUGUUUUGCCUCAGGUGGAUCAGUUGGGGCAGGCACAUAGCACCAUGUCUCAGAAUGCUAUUUCGUUGCCACCAGUUCCUGGUAGGGAAUACAGUGUAGAAGGGAGCACUGAUCCACAAAACCAUAUUUUGUUUGGUGUGAAUAUAGAAAACUCUUCUUCGCUACUAAUGCAUCAUGGAAUGUCAAGCCUUAAGGGGGUUGGCAGCAACACUCAUUCAUCAACCGUACCUAUUCAAUCUUCUAAUUACCUGAAUACAGUAGGCACUGAUUCUUCACUGAAUCAAGGAAUGACACACAGCAAUGGUGAAUCGGGCUUCCUUCAGACUCCAGAAGAUGGGGGCCGAGGAAACCCGCCAAAUAAGAAGACCUUUGUGAAGGUUUAUAAAUCAGGGACCUUUGGAAGAUCAUUGGAUAUAACUAGAUUUACCAACUACCAUGAGCUGCGCAGCGAGCUUGCUCGUAUGUUCGGCCUUGAAGGUGAGUUGGAGGACCCUUUGAGAUCAGGCUGGCAGCUUGUAGUUGUGGACCGAGAGAACGACGUUCUUCUCCUCGGUGAUGAUCCAUGGCCGGAAUUUGUAAAUAGUGUAUGGUGCAUCAAGAUACUUUCCCCUCGGGAGGUGCAGCAAAUGGCCAACAAUGGCAUCUGUGAUGACUUACCAGGACAUGAUGACCCAAGAAAUUUAGACUUCUGAAUGAUGUGAUAGUCACCACGAACAACUUCUCUCUCUUGUAUUAUUACCAUUCCUUCUCAACCUUUUAACAAUGGUGAGAGGUACUCUUAGUUGUUGUAGUCUAGCUUAAUUCCAAGCCUUUUGCUUUUGUUUUUAUUUUGGUGUUUGUUGCUGCUUAGGGAACACUGUAACUAUAUAUAUGACAUAUCCUCAUUGUGCUACCCUGUUAGGAAUCUGGAUUUAAGAUACUAUAUUCUAUAUGGCAUAUAUUAUCACAACAUUAUCUUCGA